AUGAUCAAUCACAACAGCGAUGACGCUGAUACAAAUAAAUCUGAUGCGAAAGAAAAGCACGGAGAUGUACUGAAAUCGGAUGGUCUAGGGAGCAUAGCUACCGCAGCGGCUUAUGCAACCUCUCCUAAGUGGAUUAGCAUGGUAUUGAUGGUGUCAUUGAUAUUUGGCGGCUGUUGUGCAAAUGUGUUCGCAUUAGAAGCCAUUGUCAAAGAUCAACCAAGUUCAGGUCCCCUGAUCACCUUUGCGCAGUUUAUUGUGACUGCCGGAUUUACGUUGCCAAAUUUUGUCUCGCUAUCAUGUGGGGCUCGGUCACUAUUCCUCAGUCCGCGUGUCAUCCCAUUAAGGUCAUGGUUGGUAUACACGGCCUACUUUGUGACAGUCAAUCUUUUGAACAAUUGGGCUUUCGCAUAUAGCAUAUCGGUCCCUCUGCACAUAAUAUUGAGAUCAGGCGGCCCUGUUGCUUCCCUUAUCGUCGGAUACUUGUUCAAUGGAAAGAAGUAUUCUUAUGGUCAGAUUUUGGCAGUAGCGGUUCUCACUCUUGGUGUUGUUACAGCAGCAUUGGCAGAUGCUCAAGCUAAAGGCGAACCAUUAGACAUUGGACAUGGCGGAGCAGACCUUGGUAUAACGGCUACCGCUACUGGCUUCGCAAUCCUUGCUUCUGCAAUGGUUCUUUCAGCCUUUCAGGGUAUAUAUGCAGACCGACUCUACGAGACUUAUGGCCGAAGCCACUGGAAGGAAGCGCUCUUCUAUUCUCAUGUACUCUCGCUACCACUUUUCCUCCCAACCUAUCCGCGGCUUCUGGAUCAAUGGCGAGUCAUGCUCUCCUCCCCUCCCUUGCGAUGUCGGUUUCCGGAGACAUCCAUCAGUGUCGGAAAAGACGCCGAGCUUCCUUCAGGGCCUUCCACUACUUCAAUUGCCGUAUGCGGGCCUCGUUUGGAUUUAGGAAUACUGAGAUCCCACUUAUUUCCGUCCUUCAUCGCGCACAUUCCCAUGCAGGUGGCUUACCUUUUUGUGAAUGCGCUGACCCAAUAUCUAUGCAUUCGUGGGGUUCAUCUCCUCUCCGCCCAGACGUCUUCAUUGACAGUGACGGUGAUUUUGAACGUUCGCAAACUUGUUUCGCUCCUAUUAUCCAUCUACCUAUUUGGAAAUCAGCUUUCGCCGGGUGUUGUUAUUGGGGCUAUCUGCGUCUUCGCAGGAGGUGGUCUCUAUGGUUUGGAGGGUGCCCGGCUAAGAAAACCGAGUAAUAAGAAGGAUUAA